AGGUGGGUGCCCUUCUUACCCGUAAUGGCUUUAUGCCGAUUCGCCUAUUCUCCUGGCGCUACAUUUCGUUUCCCGAAAUACGCUUCCAAAUACCUUAAAUUCUCUUCGUUGCCACGCAGUUCUUCAUUCGCAACGAUGGAAGCUCCUCCAGAAGGUUACCGCAGAAACGUUGGUAUCUGUCUCAUCAAUAAUGAAAAAAAGAUUUUCGCGGCUUCAAGGCUAGACAGACCCGAUGCUUGGCAAAUGCCCCAGGGUGGUAUUGAUGAAGGUGAGGAUCCAAGAAAUGCAGCUAUCAGGGAAUUAAGAGAAGAGACAGGAGUUAGUUCAGCAGAAGUGAUUGCAGAGGUACCUUAUUGGUUAACUUAUGACUUCCCACCGAAAAUCAGGGAGAAAUUAAAUAUUCAGUGGGGAUCUGAUUGGAAGGGUCAGGCACAGAAAUGGUUUCUUUUUAAGUUCACUGGGCAAGAUCAAGAAAUCAAUCUUUUGGGUGAUGGUACUGAGAAAGCCGAGUUUGGGGAAUGGUCAUGGAUAUCACCAGAACAAAUAAUUGAGCUUGCAGUGGAUUUCAAGAAGCCUGUCUACAAGGAAGCCCUAGCAGUGUUUGGUCCAUAUCUCCAAUAAUCUUAUUCCUGUUGAAAUUGAUGUGGCUUCCAAAUGACAGUUGCUUUGGAUGAUUCUGUAGGUGCUUUAAAAAUAAUGUGUUACAAGACAGAUAUUCUCUUUUUCUCCUCUUGGCCAUAGUUACAAGCGGAGAGUUCAAUUUACUGUAUUUCUAUGCAUCUGACCAUUCUUUUUCCAUGAUGAACAUGAUACAUGAUUGUUUCGUAUCAGAAAGUGUAUGGAAAUGAAUUUUGUGAUGACAAACCUGCGAAUCCUAUGUACCUUUAGGGACACAAUAGAAAAAGAUUUUGAUCAAAAAUAAAUUUUACAGGAAGUUCUUAUUUUC